GGGGAAACUAACCUCUACGCAAGAAGCACAAAAAAGUGGAUCUCUUUUCAAUUCAUAACUUUUUUUUAUUCGGUCUAUAUACUCGAACGAAUGGACAUUUUUGGUCGAAGCAGUAAAGCAAAAGGGAAACGCGAUCCCGUUGCUGCUUCUCGACCCACAGGUUUGUCAGCAAGCACGAGUACAGGCAGUAAUAAUAGCAGUAACAGCACUACUGGUCACCACAACAUACGAUCGCCAUCACCAUCUUCUUCUCAUCCCGCCUCACUGUCAAGUUUAUAUGCCUCGACCAUUUCUGAUGCUGCAAGCGACGAUUACAAUCAAAGUACGGGUUUCGUAUCUUCUUUAUUAUUUUCACCGUUGGUUUUCGAAAUGAGGCGAAUUGAACGAAAGUAAAAAAAACCUAAUUUUUGGUGCUUCGGGGGAUGGGGUGAUCUCUCAGGUUCUUGGGAAGGAUCGACCUUACGCAGUUCACAAGCUACAAACUUUUCGUUCAUGAGCAGUACGGACUCGGUGAGCGAGUUAUUAGCCAUGCAUCCGGAUAUGUUGAGCGACCACGAAAUCGAAACACGGUUCGAAAAAAUGCUGACGCGUCGUGGUAUCAAUGACUCGAAUGCACGAGCAGUAAUGCAAGGAUUUUCGAUCGAGAAAAAACGCCUAAUGGUGUCCCAGGAUAUCCAGGCGGAGGCAGGGGCUAUGAAGGCAUCCGCUCAGGCAGUGUCCAGACGAGGAGCCGUGGCGGAUAAAGACACUUCGGAGAAAAAAGGGCCCGACUUUUAUGUCAAAAAGUUGUCAGAACCGGAUAUGAAAGGGAUUACACAUGGAAAGACAUUGGCGCAUUUAAGCGUGAGCUUGCGGACAAUGCCAUUGAGUUGGGUACGCCAGUUCAUUGACAUGCGCGGCAUGCAAAUAAUUACAGCAGCACUCGGGGUACUUAAUAAAUCAAAGCACAAACGCGAAGAGGAUCUGCAGGCAGAAGGAGAAAUAUUGCGAUGUUUCAAAGCACUUUUAAACAACACGGUUGGUGUUAGAGAAGCCCUCAAGAGUCCUCAAAGUGUUCAAGAGAUCGUCAAUUCCAUCGUAUCACCAUCAAUGAUUAAUCGUCGACUCGUCUGCGAAGUGUUGGUGUUCCUAUGCUAUUACAAAGUACCUGUUGGUCAGGAGCUUGUUUUAAAAGCAAUGGAUCAACUCAGGGAUGUGCGAAGGGGCUAUGGGCGAUUUGAUGCAUGGUUUCGAGAAUUGAGACUAUCCCUAAGCGGACGAGGACGAAUGGGGAGUCUAGUUGGCGCUAGUGAUGACUAUAAACAACUUAAUGCUCAUGGGAGUACGGCAGAUAGUCAGCUAUGUGAAUAUGCGCUAUACAACAUGCUUCUUGUCAACGCGAUCAUCAAUGUCGUUGAGGAUGCUGAAAUGCGAAUCCAUUUACGUAACCAAAUGAACGCUUCGGGUCUCGAACGACUGAUGGAUCAAAUGCUCGAGCUGCGCAACGAUCAAGUGGACAUCCAAGUACGCGAAUUCCGGAUGCAGGCAGAAAACGAUCAGGAUGAUAUAAUGGAGGUUUAUCACGACCGAGUGUUACGCGACUUGAACGAUCCGCGUGAUGUAUUCGAAUGCGUCCUGGCGAGCGUCGAAGGAACACGAAGCUACGAUUUCUUCCUCAGCUGUUUGCAGCACAUAUUGUUGAUUCGAGACGAAGUCGAACUUAAACCUCGUUAUUUUCAAGUGAUCGACAACUUAGUUACCCAAGUCGUUCUCGAUCAUAAAGGUCUUGUUGAAGACUUUUCAGCGUCCUACGGCACAUCGGUCCAGCACUUGAUUGAUAAGUUUGCUGAUCAAGAUCAGCUUCAGGCUACGUUAGAAGAAAUUCGAAACUUACAAGAUAUGUAUGAUGAGUUAGCGCUGGAACGUGACGAAUUACAACGACAAUUGGAGGAGGGCGGUGGUAACAAUGGCCUAGAAUUGAAGCAAUUAAAAGAGAAAACGGUAUCUUUGGAAGACCUCUUACGUAUGUCGCGACACACAAUUUCCACGCUCCAACAAAAGCUGCGUAACCUUCAGGGCGACUAUGAAAGAGACUUGGAGGCAAUGCAAAAACAACUUGACAUGUUCCACAAGGCAGUUGAUGAUAUCCACGACGAAGACGAUGAAAAUACUGAUGGUGAUAUUGUCAUUUCACGAGAUAGCUUUGCAAAAGCAGUUGGACGGAUACGAGCACAUGAAAGUUUGGAAGGCAAAGGCGGUAAAGACGAUGAAGCAAACGAUCGUAAUGGUACAGCAAAGCAACAAUCACAGAGUCCUUUAAAUGACGAGGAAAAAUACAAGUCCAUGGCCGUCAGUUUAUCUGAGGAAUUCAAAAAUCAGUUGGCGAUGCAAUUCGGAUCGAGCAGUGGUCUUGCUGAUUUUGUCGUUCCCGGUGCUAUGCCAUUGAUGGGCUCUUCUGCUCGUUGGGGCAAUGGUAGACGUCGCAAUGGGCCAGCUCGUGUUUUCAACAACAAUAGCAGCAAUAGAAAUGCAUUGGACGAAGCGGUAUCUCCAACGAUGACUCUCCAAGAGGAACUCAAAGCUACUUUUGCUGGAUCAAAAAGAUCAUCUACCAGCUCCAUUGACGAACACCAUAUGGAUCGUCAUAUUGCUAGUGAUAACGAUGAUAGGAGCGACGACGACGAUGACUUUGAUGUCAAUCAAUAUACACGAUUCACGCCACGACGAAAAUUGUCAAGCGAUAAUAAUGCCAGUCGCGCGCCACAGCUAUCAUUGAAGCUAGAUAAUGAAUCCUUAACAACAGCAGCAACAGAUUUUCUAAGCAGCAUAUCUCCUCAAUCUCCUUCUCCAAUCGAAACAUCACAACGACAAUAUGAUUCUAUCACCGAUAGAGCUGUAGGCACCGCUGCCACAACGCAAUCGCCAUCACAACAACAGCAACAUCCCACCGAGAAUAGGCAUAGUACAAUCAGUAGUACGCGUCACAGCAUCGACUCAGAUAACCGGUCUCGAGAAUCUUCCUCUUCCUCUUCCUCUUACUCAAAUCGACGCGGACGAUAUAGUCCUUCGGCAACCUCUUGCACAGGAUUAGAGAGCUUUGUCAAUAACGCCAGAAGAUCCUCCAACUCCAGCUCCAAUAACAACUUAAUGUCCGUCAAUGAAGAAUCAGCAAGUAGCGAAGACGAUGAAGAACCUCUCGGACUACUAGCAGAAGCAAUUCGCCACAAUUCAGCCAUUGAUGUUAACGAUGGUUACAGGCAGAGAGAUAAUUCGCUGCAUGCAACGCGUACAUCCCCAGAAGCAGGUCAAAUCAACAGUAACUGGGUUGAAGACGAUGACGACGAGCCAGUUAUUAGACAAAAGCGAUUUGGCAGUAAUGCUUCGUUGGUCGCACCGAGACCAGUGAGCCGGAGAGCAUCAUCAUCUACGGACCAGAUUUCCGAAGAGCCUAGUUCUAAAGAUAUCCCUGCUCAACAACCAUCUUUUCCAUUACCUACAACUACAAUUUCUACAUCAUCAAGGGCACUUACUCCUUCAUCUACUACAACAACCACUAGUGUGUUACUAUUGAAUGAACCUGCUCCUCCAUCAGUGGCCACUGGUGUUCCUGCACCGCCUCCGCCUCCUCCCCCUCCUCCUCCUCCUCCACCAUCGCUUCUUCCAUCUGUUGCUGCCGCAAAGCAAAGUUUAGGCACUGAUACUGCAGUGAUUCCACAGAGACCUACUUCAACACCGAUAUCAGAUACUCCUCCUCCGCCCCCUCCUCCCCCUCCACCGCCACCGCCACCUGGAUCACACACGCCAACCAAAACCAAUGGCACAGCAACACAAUCCAAUGGCUCGAGUAUGGUCUCGCCACAAGACUUAUCACCCACUGGAUCAACCCAACAAGCUUCACCUGCUGCGCCAGCGCCUCCUCCUCCACCUCCACCACCCACUAACGCACCCGCACCACCGCCUAUGGGCAUGGUCACAGCUCCACGUAAAGCCAUGAACCAUCUUCCUGGAGUGAAGACACGCGCACUCCAAUGGCAAAAAAUGACAAUGGACCGACUCAAUGCAACCAUCUGGUCACUAAACAAUGAAGACGACGAAAGAUCACUUGAAGAUCGAUUGGAUACCGAGGGUAUCUUUAACCAAAUGGAGGCCCUGUUUGCUCAAAAGGUUAUUGCCAAAGCCAAUCAAGCUAAAAAGGAAGCCAAACAAGAAAUUUGUAUAUUGGACCCUCGCAAGGCUCACAUCAUUAAUAUUGCUAUUCUGGCAAAGCUCAAACAUAUACCAUUCCCAGAGGCCAAAAACAAAAUCUUAUCCAUUGAUGAUCGAUUCUGUACUGAAAUUUUGUUAAAGAAUCUUUUGGCUAAUGCCCCAACGCCGGAUGAAAUGGGAAAACUCACCGUGUUCUUAAAAACGGCACCAGAGGAAGACUUACAAAACUUAUCCAAAUCGGAUGCUUUCUGUGCUGAGAUUAUGACCAUACCUCGAUUCAAGGAGCGGAUAGAUACGAUGCUUUUCAGAGUAACGUUUAACGAACGGAUAACGCAACUUGGGAAGAACAUGGCAAAUGUCAUGGAUGCCUCGACUGCUGUUAAAGAUUCCAAGGCGUUCAAGGACUUCUUGAGUCUUGUCUUGAUGGUUGGAAACUUUUUGAACGGCACAAAUUUCCAAGGUGGAGCUUUUGGUAUUCGUAUUGCCAGUAUUAAUAAGAUAGUCGAUACCAAGGCUUCUUCAAAUGAAACUACAUUGCUGCACUUCCUUGUCGGCAUUAUUGAAGAAAAAUUUCCAGAUAUCAGUGAAACCUUGUUAGAAGAUCUCAAGCUGUGCGGUGAAGCAUGUCGAGUUACGAUCCAGGAUCUCAUUAAAGACUAUAACGAACUACGAGUGGGCUUACAAAAGCUAGUUCAUGAGCUGGAGCGAAUUGAAAACGAUGAUAAUGAGCUUAUUCCUCACGAUCGAUUUGUGGAUGUGAUGACAGCUUUCCGCGAUACGGCCAUUGAAAAGUUCGACCAGCUUGAAGUUCGAUACACAUCGAUGGAUGUUGCUUACAAGGAUGCUGUAACAUAUUUUGGCGAGAACCCUCGAGACAUGAAACCUGAUGAAUUCUUUGGUGUGUUCAAAACGUUCACAUCCAGCUGGGAGCGUGCACGAAGUGAUAUUAUUGCACAGCGCAAGAAGAUGGAGCAAUUGGAGCGCGCAAAGCAUUUCGAAGAACAACGAAGAGAACAUGCCAAACGAGCUCGCAAACAGUCAAAUGAAUCGCAUGGAGAUGAUAAUGAAGCUCAAGAAGCUAAGGAUAUUAUGGAUACCCUAUUACACAAGUUGCGCUCAGGUGAGCUUUCAUCGGCAGCAAAACGGAGGAGUACGAAUAGCAGACGGAUGUCGAUGGCAGCACGACGCGAGCGACGCAGAACACGAAGUGAAUCGGUUGCUAUGCGCGCUGAGGAUCUGCUGAAACAUAUUCAAACUGAAGAAGAGCAACCACCACUACCCACAAGUCCACCUGUACCAACAACAACGAGAUCGCGGUCACGUAGUGGCUCAAGGAAGUUGGCUGCAUCAGAACGAAUGAUACGUCUGGCUUCGUUGGCCGAGGAAAAAAGCAGCGACAUUGUUGGUCAGCAAUCGUCGGAUGAAGCCACAACAAGGAGAUAAACUUAGAUUAAUAUACCACCAUAUCACAUCACAAUUCAAUACAAUACAAUGCAACACCACCACCAUUGCCAUUGCCAUCGCACAUACACACAUUACACCACAUUCCGCAACAACAACAACAACAACAACAAUAAUAAUAAUAAAUGCAUAAAAUUAUCAUAGUCGCAUCAUAUACCUGAC